GUCGGUUUUUCUCAAUCUCACCCUAACACUUCUUCUCCCCAGCUCCCUUCCGCCGCCGCCGUCGUUGCGGCCGCCGCCGCUGCCACCGGACCGCCUCCCUGCACCAUGGCGGACAAGUCCUCGUCGGACGUGGAGGCCAGCCUCCUCGCCCACCUCAACUCUGGCGGCGAAGUCCCGGACUCCCGCUCCUACGCCUCCUCCCUCGGCGUCACCCACGGUGAGCUCGGGGACGUCAUCAAGAGUCUCUCCGCUUUCCGUAUCGUCGAGACCGCGGAAAUCACCAAGGAGACGUGGGUGCUCACCGAGGAGGCGAAGGGGUACGCAGCGAGUGGUUCCCCGGAGGCGCAGCUCGUGGCUGCGAUCCCACCGGAGGGCGCCUCAAAGGAUGUGCUCAAGGAGAAAUUGGGAUCUAUUUUUGACAUCGGCAUGAAGACAGCUGCGAAAAACAAGUGGAUUGGGUUUGAGAAAGGGAAUAAAGACUUGGUGUUCAGAAAGGUUGACACCAUCAAUGAUGAGUUGCAAGAGCAGCUGAAAAGGCUAGAGAGUGGAGAGGUUCUUUCUGAUAAGAUGAUUGAUGAUUUGAAAAGAAGAAAACUUAUUACGAAAGAGAAAUCAAUUUGGUAUGCCCUAAAGAAAGGACCCCAGUUUGUUGCGAAGAGGAAAAAAUUGGCAACUGAUGUGACACAAGAGCAUCUCAGAAGUGGUGAUUGGAAGGAUCUUGAAUUCAAAGAGUAUAAUUUUGGAGCCCAGGGACAACCAAUUGCCAUUGGUUAUGUGCAACCUUUGUUGGAGGUGCGGGAGGAAAUCCAGAACAUUUUUCUUCAAAUGGGGUUCAGUGAGAUGCCAACUAAUAAUUUCGUUGAGAGCAGCUUCUGGAAUUUCGAUGCACUGUUCCAGCCCCAACAACAUCCUGCUCGGGAUUCACACGAUACAUUUUUUCUUGAAGCCCCUGCUGCUACGAAACAAUUGCCUGAAGACUAUCUUGAGAAAGUAAAGGAAGUUCAUCAAUGUGGUGGUUAUGGCUCCAAAGGAUAUGGCUAUGACUGGAAACGAGAUGAGGCAGAGAAAAACCUGCUUCGUACCCAUACUACUGCAGUUUCAACAAGGAUGCUAUACAAACUAGCACAAGAGAAACCUUUUGCCCCUAAAAGGUACUACUCCAUAGAUCGUGUUUUCCGUAAUGAAGCUGUGGACCGAACUCAUCUUGCGGAAUUUCACCAGAUUGAAGGUCUCAUAUGCGAUUAUGGUUUGACACUGGGUGAUCUGAUUGGUGUAUUGGAGGAUUUCUUCUCAAGUCUAGGCAUGUCAAAACUACGUUUCAAGCCUGCCUACAAUCCAUACACUGAGCCGAGCAUGGAAAUUUUCAGUUACCAUGAAGGUUUGAAGAAAUGGGUGGAAGUUGGUAACUCAGGCAUGUUCAGACCUGAAAUGCUACUCCCGAUGGGACUGCCACAGGGUGUUAACGUUAUUGCUUGGGGUCUUUCACUGGAGAGGCCAACAAUGAUUCUUUACGGCAUCGACAACAUUCGAGACCUCUUUGGACCAAAGGUUGAUUUCAACCUCAUCAAGAGCAACCCCCUCUGCCGCUUGGGACUGCAGUAAACCUUGCAAAAAUUCCUCGGGACUGAUUAAGUAACAACAUUUGUUUAGUUGAUCAGUGGUUGAACGUGAAGAGAUCUUUCUGGCUUUACCUUGAAACAUCAAUACAUGUGCAUUUUAGCGGAGGUUUUGUCAUUACAGUUUUGAGUGACAUGAGAUCCCCAGCAUAUUUUCGUGUUCAUACUCUAAUACUUUUAUAUUUUAAUCGCCACAUCUGAUAUAUGAGAUAUCCGUGUACUUGUGUAUCUUUAGUUUUGAGAGUGUCCUCUGCCACUGCGGUUUUGAGCUUGAA